GGUUUCUUUCUUUGUUUGAUUGUUUUUCAUUAUAAAUCACCUGACUUAGUCAUGACUGUUUUACCGCAAGAUUAUCUGAGAACCCUCGAUGCUGUUCGUGAACGAUGCAUGAAGGUCUAUGAACAAGCCAUCAAAGGUCAACUGCACCAUUUUGAUGUGGAUGAAACGAAAUUGGACAUUGUGGUUGAGCAUGUUCUCGAAGUAACGUUACGUCAAUACCCUGAUGUGUCGCAGAUUCCUGCUCACUCGCGGUUACGGCACUUUGAUGCCCAACCUUUGCUGGACAAAUGGCGCAACGAUGGCAUUGAUAAAGUGGAACAGGCGAGACGUUUGAUUGACUUGGUCAUUGUAUCGGUGCUGGUCGAUGCAGGUGCAGGACAAGUGUGGAAGUAUCAAACAUCCAAAGGCCCGGUCGGACGAUCGGAAGGGUUGGCCAUUGCUGCCACGGAUAUGUUUCAGGAAGGUUAUUUCUCAAGCGUUCCUGGACAACCUGAACAAGUUGACGCCCAGGCCUUGUCUGAGAUUACCGUGGACCGUAUGACCAAGGGAUUCCAAGUUACACCCAUCAAUACAAUGGUGGGUCUCGAAGGUCGGUCCAAACUGUUGCAAAGACUAGGAGAUGUCUUGAAGGAUCAACGUGAUUAUUUCCCGGCAUCGGAAGGUCAGUCACGUCGUCCUGGCAAUCUUGUCGACUACCUUUUACCCAACCUCCAGGAUAACAAAGUGCAUUUGGACAAACUUUGGGAGGUGGUCAUGGGACUUGCUGCCAUGUGGCCUGGACGGCUGGCGAUUAAUGGUGUGCAAUUGGGCGACGUUUGGCCUUGCGAUUGCUUGAAAGACCAAGGCAACUUUGAAAACUUGGUCCCAUUCCAUAAAUUGUCACAAUGGCUUACAUAUUCCUUGGUGGAAGCGUUGGAGACCACACUUGGUAUCACCGUCGAAGGCACAGAGAAAUUGACAGGACUUCCCGAAUACCGUAACGGAGGGAUCUUAAUUGAUCAUGGCUUGAUGGUGCUGAAGCCUGCCGAUGUGAAACGCGGUACCGUAGAAGGCGAACCAGUUCCUGUUUUUGAGGGCAGUGAUCCUGCCAUUGUAGAGUGGCGAGCAUUGACUGUCAUCUACAUGGAUAUCAUUCGCAAAGAACUGGAAAUCAAGCUUGGCCGGCCUCUAGCCCUCGCCCAAGUACUUCAGGGUGGCACAUGGUCAGCUGGACGUGAUAUUGCUGCCAAACUCAGGCCCGAUACGGCUGGACCACCAAUUAAUCUCAAGAGUGAUGGCACAAUCUUUUAAAUAAAUUAUUGGUCCACUUGUGCGCCAACAUUCACAAAAAGAAUUUUACAUUGAUUACUGAUAAAAUCUCAACACUAGCUAUCAUAAUUUGAACAAACAUGAGAACAUAGGAUUAGUAGUGUCGCACACUUUUUUUUGAUAUUGGAAUUAUUUUG